AUGGCAUCAGAGCCAACUGGGCUCAUUGCUUCCGCCGCCAUGGUUCCGAUUUCAGAUCUUCAGAGCUUGCAAAAUGAAGUUAAAGCCAUGCAAGUCCAACUAUCUUCAUUUGUUGAAGAUUCCGGGAAGAGGUUUGAAACAAUGGAAACAACUCAGACUCACUUUCAAUCACAGUUAGAUGAGGUCCGAGAAGCUAAUAAGAAGCUGGAUUUCAUCAUCUCCAACAUGGGAUUGGCCUCACGAGCAGGUUCUGCCCCUUGUACACCACCAACCGCCAUUCAAUCUUCUCAACCUAUCAACACCAACAGCUCCUUGCAAUCUGUUCCACCGGGAACUUCUGUUUGUCCAGUGAUUCAAGAGAUUGGAGGAACACCAGAAUUUGAUGGAACCAAUCCAAGGGGUUGGUUGAGGAAAUGUGAGAAAUUUUUUGAACUUUACCACAUUCCUGAACAUGAGAAGCUAAACUAUGCUUCUAUUCAUGUUAGGGAUAGGGUAGAUGUGUGGUUGGAUAGUUAUAUAGUCAACAAUAGAGGAAGGAUAACAUGGGCUAAAUUUUGUGUUGAAGUCUGUAGGAGGUUUGGUAAUGUAAGGCCUCAAGAUAUUGUGGAUGAGUUUAAUAAGAUAAUGCAGGCUGGCAGUGUUGAUCGAUAUCAGGAAAAAUUUGAGGAACUCACUAGUUACAUGUCCAUUAUCAAUCCCUUGUUGAAUGAAGCUCAUUUUGUGUCCAGUUUCAUUAGUGGCUUAAGACCUGAGCUAAAACCUUUGGUGAAGUUAGCCAAUCCCUUAACCAUAAUGGAUGCAUAUGAAACUGCUAAAGUAUAUGAAGAAUCUUUUUCAGCCUUAGCCUAUCUUGUUUCCCCUCCCAGACAACCUCAAUACAACUCUUACCCCAGAAAUCCCUCAAUUACCUAUCCCAGAACCCAAACUAAUCCCAAACCACCAACUUUACCAACCCCAAACCAGCCUUUAAGAUUGACUUACCCCACUAAAAAACCAAACCCAAGAGCUGCCCUCAAACCAAACAACUUGGAGACUCUUAGAACUCAGGGACUUUGUUAUAAAUGUCAUGAGAAGUACUUCCCCGGACAUCAAUGUAAACCUAAGACCCUUCAUGCCAUGGAAGGGGUGGAAGGUGAACCAGAACCGAAAGUUGAAGAGUUUGUUGAUGUUCCAGAAACCUUGGAAGAGCCAGUGGAGGAACAAGCUGAAAUAUCAAUCAAUGCGAUACUUGGCUUGUCUAAUACUAGUAGUCCCCAUAAGGCCUUCAAAAUUAUGGGAUUUGUCAAAAAGAUUCCAAUAAUUGUGCCCAUUGAUACUGGUUCCACUCAUUCAUUUGUGGAUCUUAUUGUGCUUAAGAAAAUUAACAAACAAGCACAAUUCUUGUCUAAAACAAUGAAGGUGGUGGUAGCUAAUGGACAAAUCUUAACUUGUGAUAAGAUUUGUACUGGUUUUAAUUGGAAAAUGCAGGAGGAAGGGUUCAUUUUUGACAUCAGAGUGCUAAAAAUUGGUGGUUGUGACAUGGUACUAGGAAUGGAUUGGAUUGACAUGAUUGCUCCAAUCAUUCUGAACACUAGACCCUUGAGUUUAUCAUUCUUGAAGGAAGGAAAAAUGAUCACUCUACUGGGAAUGACAAGAAAACAAAACAUAUCUCAGGUGGACAGCAAUGAAUUAUACAAGAUGCUCAAGUUAGGCAUUUGUGACAUUAUGGCAAAAAUGUGUAUGAUCAGUCAAGGUCAUUCCUCAGGUGGUGGGAACCAAGCAGGGAAGGGAAAACUGGUAACAUUUGAUGUUUUUCAGGCAGUUCUCAGAGAGGGAAAAGAAAAGGGAAACAUCAAGGAGCAGCAGAUAAACACAGAUUCAGAGGAGAAGGUACUGGGAGCUCAACCUUUCAACCUAAGACCAUACAGGUAUUCCUUUGACCAAAAGAAUGCAAUUGAGGGUAUAAUACAAGAUAUACUUAAAGCUGAGAUUGUAAUGCCUAGUCAGUCCCCUUUUGCUUCACCUGCUCUAUUGGUUAAAAAGAAAGAUUCUACAUGGAGGUUGUGUGUCGAUUAUAAGAGGCUAAAUAGCAUGACUGUUAAAAACAAAUACCCUAUCCCUAUUAUCGAAGACUUACUGGAUGAGCUCAAUGGAGCCAAUGUUUUCUCAAAAAUUAACCUUAGGGCAGGGUACCAUCAAGUGAGAAUGAAAGUCAGUGAUGAACAUAAAACUUCUUUUAGAACUCACCAUGGAUCAUUUGAAACAUCUGGAAGUAGUACUACAGGUUCUAAGGCAGCACAAGUGUUUGCCAAACAAAGUAAAUGUGACUUUGCUCAAUCACAAAUUGAGUAUUUAGGUCAUAUUAUUUCUGGAAAAGGUGUAAGUACUGAUUCCAGGAAAGUUGCUGCUAUGGUGGACUGGCCCCAACCAUCUACACUCAAAAAACUAAGAGCAUUCUUAGGAUUGACUGGCUAUUAUAGAAAGUUUAUCAAGAACUAUGCAAUCACAAGUAGGCCUCUAACUCAGUUGUUAAAAAAAGGAGGUUUCAAAUGGGGACCUGAGGCCUCAAAAGCUUUUGAGAAACUAAAAGGAGCAAUGACAACACCUCUUGUUCUUGCAUUACCGGAUUUCAAUAAACCAUUUGUGCUAGAAGUGGAUGCUUGUAAUAGUGGUGUGGGUGUUGUACUAAUGCAAGAAAGGAGACCUUUGGCUUUUAUGAGUCAAAUGCUGAGCAAAAGGCAUAUGGGACUGUCAAUAUAUGAGAAGGAACUCAUUGCCCUUCUGAUGGCAGUGGACAGAUGGAGACAUUACCUUCAUCCCAACCACUUCAUCAUCAAAACUGACCAUUUUAGUUUAAAGUUUUUGCAGAAACAAAAGAUCAAUACUUGUUUACAACCCAAAGGUUUGACAAAAUUGAUUGGGUUGAGCUAUGAAAUUCGUUACAAAAAGGGAGUGGAAAAUCUGGUUGCUGAUGCAUUAUCCAGGAGAAAUGAAACAACAGAACAAGCUCAUUUCCAUGUGAUCACUCAAGUACUAGCAUGCUGGAUUGAAGAGGUCCUCAACAGUUACAAAGAGGAUCAGAAUAUCACUCAAGCCAUUAGUGCCAUCAGUGUUGAUCCCAACAACAAUCAGAAUCUUAGUUUGCAACAAGGCUUAUUGAGGUACAAGGGAAAGGUUUGGGUUGGCAACCAUGGGGAGUUAAGGCAGCAACUAGUAAGGACCAUUCACACUUCAGGAUUAGGAGGAUUACCAAAGCCAGAAGGAAAGGAUACUAUUAUGGUGAUUGUGGAUAGGUAUAGUAAGUAUGCUUAUUUCUUAUCUAUAUCUCAUCCUUUCACAGCUGCACAGGUUGCAAGAGUGUUCAUGGAUCAAGUUUAUAAGUUGCAUGGUCUGCCUAAAAGCAUUGUCUCUGAUAGAGACAAAGUGUUCCUUAGUUAUUUCUGGAAAGAACUAUUUAAGCAACUGCAGCCUAAGGAUUGGCACAAAUGGUUAGCCUUGGCUGAGUUCUGGUACAACAGUAACUAUCAUUCUACAUUAAAAAUGACUCUUUUCAAAGUGCUCUAUAGUUAUGACCCUCCCCAACUUUCAUUUGAGCUUAUAGCUCAGUCUACUGUGGCUGUUGUUGAUCAAGUAUUGAAAGAGAGACAACUGAUGGCCAAAGUUUUAAAGGAUAAUUUGGAGAAGGCUCAAAAUAGGAUGAAACACUAUGCUGACAAGAAAAGAACUGAAAGGGAGUUCAAUGUUGGUGACUGGAAGUUGGGGCCAGUUGCUUAUGAAUUGAAGCUACCAGUUACAGCAAAAAUCCAUCCUGUCUUUCACAUUUCUCAACUCAAGAAGAAGGUGGGAGCUCACAUUGUUCCUGAUGUUGAUCUACCAAUCUGUUUUACCCGAAGGGCAACCACUGGUAGAACCAGUUGCCAUACUUGA